AUGUUUGGUCGGUCGGCCUCGAAACAAAGCGGAUUCACAGGUGCAUCGGGUGGGAGAGAAAAUCGAGGGAGGGAUCAGAUUGGUGGUAACCUGCGCGAACUUGGAAUCCUCGGCAGUUUAUCCUCAGAAUCUCGAUCAUUGCGCAGCCCUUUUAAGAGGAACAAACCACGAUCACCACAAACUCCAGUUCAGAACGACUGGGAUAGCGGGUUCGAUUAUCAACCUUCGUUUCCCGAAAAGAAUCACUCCAUCUCUGCUGGAACUUCUCGCUCAUUUCCCCAGCGAGCUCCUUCACAUCGUUCGGUUGCUUCGAUCAAAUCGUCUGCCUCUAGGGAUACUGUGAGACAGACCAGCCCGCGUUCAGCUACUGCAAUGUCGAGCAUGAUGAGCGCAGAUCGCACUCGUAACCGGCGGGAGCGCACUUUCGUCGGUAGCGAAUGCGCUGUCUGCGAGGAGCCGUUGGAGCACACGCUUCGAGGAGAGAGGAUUUUGCAGUUUUCUUGCGGGCAUGUUUCGCACGAGGCUUGUUUCUAUGAAUUCAUUCGCGAGUUCGAGUCGCAAUACUGCCCAUCAUGUAAUGCGCCGUUACAUCUGGACACCAGCCGAGGAGGCAAUGUCCUAGAUAUCGAAAAGAUCACAAGCAUGGUGCGAUCCGCAUCUACUAGCGAAAGAGAAUCGCAACAUACAACGCCCCCCUCAGGCCCUUGGGAGGAGCCAAUUCCCCAUCACAGAGGCCCGUCACAAAGCAAUGGACGCGAUAGUGGUACUCGAGGAAGUUUGAGGGACAGCCGCGAGGCGCCUUCGUCAUAUGGCGCACACUCUCGUCACGGCCGUAGCGAUAGCGAAGCCACUGGAGUUGCAUCCUCGGGAGGCUACCCUGAAACAACACAGAGCGGACCUGCCCGGCGCCACGAUUAUGAUCUUCAAGCCAUGGAGACAACGCCCACGAGCCCUCAGAGGAUAUCGCGUAACCCAAUUCCUGCACCGACAGUCACAGUCCGCUCGGAAUUCCCAACCAUAAGCAAGUCACGACAGCAGCAGACCUUGACCUGUCUCAUUACAGUUGAAGUGCCCGAUAAUAAGUGGAAACCAGAUCCAGAGGACCUUGGCUCCGUUGUGCCCGCUCCACCCACGCGCGGUGAAGACGCCUACGCCCAACGGCCGCCUUCACCAGCAAAGAGCAACAAGCCUCGCUUCUAUCCUUAUGAGUCGCCCGAAGUCUUGCAAGAGAUGACCGAGAACUUGCGCGACCGCGUGGACAACUGGCAUGGGCUGGACUUCAACAGGUUCGGAAAGCUUCGUCUUUACGGUACCUUGCGGGUUGGCAAGGACAAGGUGUCCUGGCAAGAGCUUGAGUGCUUUCUCUUUGCCGAGAUGCUCAUCUGCGUCAAGGAGAAGAGAAACAAUGCAGCGGCCCAGCAAUUGGACGAGUACGGUGCUCCGCGAAAGGCCACGCGUUGCACUCUCAAGGGUUCCAUUCUCAUCAAGAAGCACCUCAAUGACGUAGCAGAAACUGGCUCCAUUGACGAAAAUGUGCUGACCCUGAGCCUGUCUGUUUCAGAGCUCCCGUCUUUCCAUCUGCGAUUUGACAACCGCAACCAGCUGAAGCUUUGGCAACAGGCGCUCCGGGACCUCAAUGCAACAGAGGGUUCGCCUGUCCGGGGCCCCGACUAUGAGCGUGCUGAGACGUCCGAAACAGAUGAGGACGACUGGGGCCGCCAAGGUGGACCUCGCCGGGUGUCUGCUGCUUCUUCUGGCUGGGGCGGACCAAAGUCCACAACCACGGCCCCUACCGAGUAUACAACAUUUGCGAAGAGCCCGUUGUUUUCGUCGGUACAUGUGCCAAUUGAUGUCGUCGUGGUUGUUCCAAUCUCGUCAUCAAUGCAAGGGGUCAAGAUUAACCUUGUCAGAGACGCCCUGAAAUUCAUGGUUGGCAAUUUGGGCGAGAGAGAUCGCAUGGGACUAGUCACGUUCGGCUCUGGUGGCGGCGGUGUCCCCAUUGUCGGCAUGACCACCAAGGCAUGGCACGGUUGGAACAAUGUUCUGGCUUCCAUCAAGCCUGUUGGCCAAAAGAGCCACCGAGCUGACGUGGUGGAAGGCGCCAAUGUUGCCAUGGAUCUGUUGAUGCAACGCAAGCACAACAACCCUAUUGCCUCCAUCAUGCUCAUCAGCGAUGCCUCAACAUCCGAUGCUGAUAGCGUCGACUUUGUCGUUUCGAGAGCUGAGGCGGCCAAGAUUACCAUCCACUCCUUUGGCCUUGGUAUGACCCACAAGCCCGACACCAUGAUCGAAUUGUCAACCCGGACAAAGGCCUCUUACACCUAUGUAAAGGACUGGAUGAUGCUGAGGGAGUGUCUUGGUGGUUGCCUCGGAUCCAUGCAGUCACUGUCCCACCAAAACGUCAAGCUCAAGCUCAGGCUUCCAGAAGGCUCGCCAGCCAAAUUUUACAAAGUCAGCGGUGCGUUGCAAGUUACCAAGCGCGCCACAGGUCGGGAUGCCGAGGCUUCUCUUGGUGAUUUGCGAUUUGGCGACAAGAGAGACAUUUUGGUGCAACUGGUCAUUGUACCUGAUACGACAUCCCAGGAUCAGUUGCCACAAGACCCAUGGGAAACGAUCGUCUCUGGUCUUGAGGCCCUCGGUGGACCUAUGGACUCUGAUGACCAGAGGACCCUGUCCGUCGAAGAACUGCCCCUCAUCCAAGCAGAUCUUGUCUGGGGCGAUAUUCUGCGGGAGGGCACCAUGAUGCAUCUUCCCAGGCCCUCUCUGCUUGCAAUUACCAUGCUGCCACCUGUGGCAAGUUCAAGGAAGUCAUCCUGGCAAAACAACCCGCCUAUUCCUCCUCACCAGAGCAUUGUUCAGCGACGUAUGGAGUUGCUCACAUCGGAUAUGCUGACACGAGCAUUGACGCUUGUAUCAAGGGGUCAGCAUGACCGAGCUCAUACUCUUCUCAACGAAACACGUUCCAUAUUGAAGGGACUGGGCAAAGGUGGACUGCCGCCUGUCCCGCCUCCACCUGGCAAGGCGCCUAGCUUGGGCUUGGAACCCGAGUCCGCAACACCUGAUCGUAAGCACACGCCGUCGCCGACUGCCUCAGCGAAUGGGUCUGUAAACAAUGGCGUUGCCUCUAGUCGUCCCAAUGACGGCCUUGCAUUGAGUUCCUCUGGUGGCAUAGAUCCCGGCACCGUGGCCGCUCUCGACGCCGAACUCGAGGCGAGCUUGGAAUGGAUCAGCCACCCAGCUGUCUUUGGACGUGACAGUCGCAAACAGGUUCUGCAAGCCAUUGGCGUUAUUAGCAGCCAGCGCGCGUACACUUUCCGCACACCCAUUGAGAGCCUUUGGGCUUCAAGAGUAGGUGGUGUCAAGAAGCUGACCGACAAGAGCCGCGAGUGGAGAGAGGAAGCCUCGGGUGAAGGCAUCAUUGAAGAGCCAUAA